CGCCGGCAGCCGGAGAGAAAGUUCCCGGGGAGAGCUCGCCCCCAGAGGGCCGACGUCGAGGCUGCUCGCGGCGAGGGUCGCAGGUCCGGCGUGUCCAGUCUGCCUCGCUGCUCAGUGCUGUGGGCCUCCCGGGCUUGGUUCUCCGGGAAGCAUCGUUGGCGGGCGGCUGCCGCUAAACUUGGAGGGGGAGGAUGCAGCGAGUGGGAGCGGCGGCGUCGGGCACGGGGGCGCACUGAGUGCUCCUGCGGGCGCCCCCGGGCACUGCUGCUAGGGCUGCGGCCGGGCGAGGGCGCCGAGGCUGAGCGGGCAGGUAGCAGCACCAGCGCCGGGACUGCGCCAGCCCUGCGAGCCAGGGCCGCCAGCGCCACCGUGCCAGCGUCGCCUCCUCGCCACGGAGCCACGGUGCGCGGAGCGCGCACGCCGCGCGCGGGACUCUGAGCUCCGGCCGCGCCGCGCGUCCCCACCUCUUCUCUACCCUCUGGGCUUCCCCACCGACCUUGCCCGCUGGCCAUGAAGCUUUGGCCCGGAGUCCCUCGCCUCUGAGCCUCACGUCUGCCUCUCCAGUCCCAGCGCCGCUCGACCACAGAUAGCACUCGGCUGCUGGAGCUCCCCAUCCUCUCCCAGAGACGGCAUCCAGGCGCUCCGGGAUGGCGCUCCGCCGGUCCCUCCGGCCGCGCAAAGUUCGCAGGAGGCGAGAGAUGCUGCCACAGCAAGUUGGAUUCGUGUGCGUGGUGCUGGCCCUGGUGUGCUGUGCGUCUGGCUUCUUUGGCAGCUGGGGGCACAAAACAGCUUCUGCUAGCAAACAUGUUCUACCAGACACAUGGAGAAAUAGAAGGCUGAUGGCACCAGUGAAUGGGACGCAGGCAGCUAAGAAUUGCACAGAUCCAGCCAUUCACGAGUUCCCCGCAGACCUGUUCUCCAAUCAGGAGCGACAGCAUGGAGCCGUCCUGCUGCACAUCCUCGGUGCUCUGUACAUGUUCUACGCCUUGGCCAUAGUAUGUGAUGACUUCUUUGUUCCGUCUCUAGAGAAGAUCUGCGAGAAACUCCAUCUCAGUGAAGAUGUGGCUGGAGCUACCUUCAUGGCUGCAGGAAGCUCGACGCCAGAACUGUUUGCCUCUGUUAUUGGUGUAUUCAUCACCCACGGAGAUGUGGGGGUUGGGACCAUCGUGGGCUCUGCUGUGUUCAAUAUCCUGUGUAUCAUUGGCGUUUGUGGGUUAUUUGCAGGGCAGGUGGUCCGUCUGACGUGGUGGGCCGUGUGCCGAGACUCCGUGUACUACACCCUCUCUGUCAUCGUGCUCAUUGCCUUCAUAUACGACGAGGAAAUUGUGUGGUGGGAAGGCCUGGUGCUCAUCAUCUUGUACGUGUUUUACAUUCUGAUCAUGAAGUACAAUGUGAAGAUGCAGGCCUUUUUCACAGUCAAACAAAAGACCAUUGCAAAUGGCAACACGGUCAACAGUGAGCUGGAGGAUGGUAAUGAUUACUGUGAUAGUAGCUCUGAUGACCCCUCCGUGCCAUUGCUGGGGCAAGUGAAGGAGGAGCCACAGUACAGCAAAAACCCGGUGGUGAUGGUGGACGAGGUCAUGAGCUCCAGCCCUCCCAAGUUCAACUUCCCAGAGGCAGGCUUACGCAUAAUGAUCACCAAUAAGUUUGGACCCCGGACACGGCUGCGCAUGGCCAGCAGGAUCAUAAUUAACGAGAGGCAGAGGCUGAUCAACUCGGCAAACGGUGUGAGCAGCAAGCCACUUCAGAAUGGGAGGCACGAGAACAUGGAGAACGGGAACGUUCCCGGGGAAAAUGCCGAAGAGCCGCCACGGGAGCAGGAGCAGCAGCUGCCGCCCCCGCCGCCGCCCCUGGAGCCAGAGCCAGUGGAGGCCGCCUUCCUGUCCCCCUUCUCCGUGCCCGAGGCAAGAGGGGACAAGGCCAAGUGGGUGUUCACCUGGCCACUCAUCUUCCUCCUGCGCAUCACCAUCCCCAACUGCAGCAAGCCCCGCUGGGAGAAGUUCUUCCUGCUCACCUUCGUCAUGGCCACAUUGUGGAUCGCUGUCUUCUCCUACCUGAUGGUGUGGCUGGUGACUAUUAUUGGAUACACCCUGGGGAUCCCUGAUGUCAUCAUGGGCAUUACUUUCCUUGCAGCAGGCACAAGCGUUCCAGACUGCAUGGCCAGCUUGAUCGUGGCGAGACAAGGCCUAGGUGACAUGGCGGUCUCUAACACCAUAGGAAGCAACGUGUUUGACAUCCUAGUGGGACUCGGCAUACCGUGGGGGCUGCAGACGAUGCUUAUUAAUUAUGGAUCAACAGUGAAGAUCAACAGCCGGGGUCUGGUCUACUCCGUGGUGUUGCUGCUGGGCUCCGUUGCUCUCACCGUCCUCGGCAUCCAUCUGAACAAAUGGAAGCUGGACCGGAAGCUGGGGGUCUACGUGCUGGUUCUCUACGCCAUCUUCUUGUGCUUCUCCAUAAUGAUAGAGUUUAACGUCUUCACCUUUGUCAACUUGCCGAUGUGCCGAGAAGAUGAUUAAAGCGGAGCCACUGCCCCGCCGGGAGCUGUUCUGGAUACUCUGGCAUCUUCCUUCCCCUCCCUCCCCCACCACAAAUCUCUCCUGCCACCGUCUGUUCUUUCAUCCACAGGAAGGAAGAGCCAAUGUGGUCUUUGUCUGGCCACAGGCCAGGUUGCCAGGCGUCAUCCUCCUCCUCGGAGUUCUGCGCCUCCAAAAGCAAGAUUCGGGGGUUGCUAUUUGAGCAGCUUCGCAGACCUCUGAGCUGCCAGCCAUAGGGAUGUAGCAUGUGUCUCCUCUCCCGGACGCUUGGGUCAGAAGGACUUCUGUGCUCAGGUUGUCUUUCUGUCGCACGGCAGCCUCGGAAAUGAGGUGGUUGGUGAACACAAGGUCUCCUGGGGCAAGUGCAAGAUAAGUACGCUGUUCUCAGGGGGCCCCUCUGGGCCAGAGGGUGUGAGGUCCUUGGGCAGCAUGUGCUACUGAGAGCCUCUGAAUCCCCUGGAAGCACUCAAAGUUUGGAGGAAGCAAGGCUCAACCUGUUGGGAGUUUGGGGCUGUAAUGGCAAACUCUCCACCCCUUCUUCUGCAAAAAUUGGAAGAAUAGACAUGGUUGAUCACAGCUGAAGAGAGAGAACGAGUGAAUAUUCUUACCACGUUUAUUGAUGCAUUCAGAGAAUGAACAAUGAAACAGUAAAAAUAAAAUGUCACUCAUAGAUCAUCAUACUUGAAAAAUAUCAUUCCAUACAAAGGACCUGGACGGGGACCAAAAAGGUAAUGCUUCUGAAAAACGAAUCCCACGUGUAUCACGUUGCAUUGACACUAAGACGUUUGGUUUGGAAUAUAGAAAAGUGUGAAAGACUAACGGGUGCUAACAAAGAGACACGGUGGAGCUCGUAGUUCCCAGCCGUUCAUUCCAGACCUCCUGUGGGAGGCGGCGCAUCGUCAGUUUGGGUUUGUCAUUUCUUUGUUACUGCUCUACUCUCAAAGCCACCCCCUUCAAAGACCCAAUUGUUUCUAUGCCCAACCAAUUUCAUAGCCUGCUUAACUGGAAUGAGUGUGCCAGAAACCAUGGUUUAAUGACAAGAAGAGAGAUUUCCUGAAAAAACACCAGUUGCUCUCUGGUUAGCUGGAGGUAUCUGAAAACCGUAACUUGGAAUUUUUUAGACCUAAGUUUCUUGAACCUUAUAGUUUGCUACACAUGAAAGACCAGGGAUGGGAGGCUGAUUCAAAAACAGAUAGAAGAAUAUGAAACAAUUUUCAGCUGCUUCUUAGCUCUCAAAUAUAUAUUAAAAAGAUUUAUGAACACAAACCAUUUGUGGUUUCUAAACAGAAAGCACAAUUAAUUUUAUAUAGAGGUGUUUUUUUAUUUUUUUAAUGUUUCUAUUGGAAAAGUCUAUCAGAUUUGAUGCACUUUUAAUAUUGGGAUAUUUUGCACAGAAGACUGUAUGGGAACGCCCCAUGAUGGUGUGAGGAAAGGCGGUAUUUCAGCAAUUCACCAAUAAUCGGUCACAGGUGAUGAGUGUAAAUUCAAUCCUAGAUCUUUCCUGAGACACAAAGGUUGUGACCGUAGUGGAAUUUGUGGCUGUGCUCUUUAGGGCCUCCUGAAUUUCAGAAGGAGGUUGUGUUCAAGCUCGUGUCCCUUGAAUUCCUUUCGCGUGAGCCUAAGACGUGACAACUCCCGUCACCAGGCUUCUAUUUUGCAUCCUCAUCAGUGUUAGUAGCCACACCAGGUCAAGGCUUCUCUUCUUUGUUUCUCUCCCCAGAUACUCAGUGGUCUUCAAGUUGAGGACAAAAAGCGAUUUUCCUAAGAAAUUAGCUACGUGGGAGGCCAGGGAGCCUGUAGGUUCAUCUGUAUAAACUUUUAGAUGCAGAGGGUUUCGGAACCCUCGGGACUGCUCUGUGCCCUCAUAGAAUAGCAGCCUGGUCUUCUCCAUCUUACAGACUCAUCCAGGCUUCAGAGUGUGUCUGUGAUGUAAAUAGGGCUUAUUUUCCCCAUUUAACAGGAAAUGUAGUCUUGGAGAGGUCAGGUGACUCUAGGUCAAUGGCUAGUAAGUAACAGAACAGGGGCCCAGCCCCAGAUCGUCACCCCUCCAGGCUCAGCCAGUCUGGCGUGUAGCCAUCCUUGGUGGGGUGGGUGUGGGCAUGUCCUGGUCAUUAGGGUCAGUCCUCAUUGUUUGAGUCAAAACUUCAUCAAAUAUUUGACAUCUGGGUGCUCCAGCUCACAUCCUGAUAUUUAUCCCUAUCCUAUGUCCCUGUUUUUUUUUUUCUGAUAAAGACCAAAAAAUAUUUUUAGGUACAACAAGGCACAGGCCACUUGCCCCUGAUGAUGUCCCUGCUGGUGUUCAGCUUUUUGUGCUCUUGGGCAGCUUUCAGAGGACACAUCCUAAUGACCUGCCUCUUCCUCAGCAGAACCCACCUGAGAUUAUAAAGUAUGUUGCAGUUGCAGUUUGAGACCAAAAAAAUUAUGUUUUUAGUAUGUCGAGCAGUCCUGGCUAAUUCUCAUAUGACUUUAAUGUGCCAAUGUAACUUCCUUAAAGGAUCUAUGCAUAUAUUGUAUUUAGGAAAAUAUAUAUACACUGUAGGUGAAAAAUUCUUUUUUAACUAAAUAUUUUUCCAUCUCAAGUUUAAAGAAUUGCUUGUUGAAUUAGGCCUUCAUUUUAAAAUAAUGCUUUCAUCACUGCGCAGGAUUACUUCCUCUAUUCCCAAACUAAUGAGCACGGGGUAAUUACUCUGCUCCCAAAAUAGGCGAUUAAAAAAAUUAACUUAGCUCUUUGAAUUGGGGGACAGAAAAGAAAAGUGAGCCACUGCACUCAGAUAGAAAAUGUCUACAGAAGCAGGAGCAGCUAGUUGUCUUAAUUUCUGGCUUGGUAUUUGCCUUCGCCAGCCCAAGCAUAGUCAGGGUGGAAGACGUGCAGUGUCUUAAGAACCUGGUCCUGGAGGAAGGUUCUGGAUCAGCAGCAGUGAGAGACUAAGGUUAAGGGCAGGUCAGAGCUGUCCCACUCCCAUCCGUCCUGUAUCCCCUGGGCUGCUGGUCUCUGUGUUCAUCUCCGGGUGCCCAGACCUCGUGAAUCUUCCCCUGUUCAUUACCUACUCCGUACCCCGCUGCCCCACCUGUGAGGCCUCUUUUUUGCUUCUCCCUGUCAAUCCUCUGCCUCUUCAGACCCAAGCAGCUGAAAAGGCAUAAGCCUCCAGAGCUGGCUUAAACCAGAUGAGUGUGCCCAUCCCUCUAGGGCAGUCCUGCAGAUCCCUCCUGGGCUGCCCAGGGUCCAGGUCCCAAGGAAAGAAACCACCCUCUCUUUCCUUUUGACGAGGAUUUGCCCACCUCACAGCAUCAGCAGAAGCCCAGCCUUCAGGGAACAGCAGAUCCGCAAACAGGCUGGGAACCUGGGAAGGGUGUGGGUGGCCUCCUUGUGCUGACAUCCUUCUUUCCUCCCAAUGUUUCCCCUCCCUGAGUCCUAGGGCCCCUCCCUCUCCUUAAGGUUGGGGUGGAGAGAGGCCAGAUGCACUGGGAGAGAAUCUGUUUCUUUCCUUCUUACCCAGGUGUGAAGUGGGCUAGCAGGGUCAAGGUCUGAAACAGGGCAGAGAGCAGCAGAGACCCUUCAGCUCGGGCUGUGCUGCUCAGUGAGCUGGUGGCCUCCUGUCAGUCGUGACACUGAGUGGACCCCUAGGGCUGUGGGUGGUCUCUUCGCUCUCACUCCCACCUUUCCUUCCCUCGUGGGCUGUGCUCCUCCCACGUGGGAAAAGAUGAUUGUGCAGUGAAUGUGACAGGCUCUCAGCAAACGCUUGCUGCUUGAAUAAACAAAGAACUUGCCUGUUAGGGUGAAAACCUCCAGGAGAUUGUUCCCAAGUGCCGUGAUUUAAAUAUUCCCUGGUCCCUCACAUGCCCUCUGAAUGUCACUUCUGUGAGUCUUCCUCCCCUUGGGGCAGGUAGCAGAUGCGUCCAGGGCACCUGGGAUGGGCCACAUCUUGGCAGCUUUGUUGCCAUGUCGCGCUCAUAGCAACUUCCAGAAAUUUUUGAAAAUGCUCUCUGGGCAACUCUUGGGUGGCAGGAAGUCUGUCAUCCCCCAUUCAUCCCAGACCCAAUGUGCUGCCCCAGCCUCUAUCCUCUCGAGCAUCUGGGUGCCUGACCAGCAGUGAGCCCUUACCCUCUGCAGCUGGUUUCGUGAGCCUUUGAAGUGUAAAGACGCUCUCUGGGCCUUCUCAAAGCACAUAGAAGGGGCCCCUCCAGCACUGAGUAAAUCCCCCUACUGUGCCAGGCAUGUGGGUGGUGGAACAAGAGGGUCUUUGCACGGGCCCAUCCCACAAGGCAGAGGACACGGGUGGGACGCAGACUUUGUCAUCUGGCUUGUGCCAGGCCCCUUUGCCUUGCCACAGAGAUCUGUUCCCCAAAGGGCACAGUCUGUAAGGGUACAGAUUUUUAAGUGGCAUUUAGGUUGUUUCAUUUGCUUCUUAAUAGGGAAAACUGAAUUGGGACACUAGAAUGUGCUUAACUGCAGGCCUAGUAGCCAACGUGACAGUAUCCAAAGUCAUGCGCUGCCCGGCCCCAAGAAAACAGUGCUUGCAUGGAGUCGGGAGAAGAGGCGCUUCACUCCCAUCCUGCCCCCCAGGAGGAGCUAUUUUUUUCCAUCACAACAGGGAACCAGCUGGGAGGUAUUAGAGCAUUGAUUAUUUUAUGGGGAUUUUUUUAAAAAUUCUAACUUUUUAAUGACAAAUGGCUCCCUGGUUCCAUUCGUUUCUGCUAAAUCCUCACAAGCUGCUGGGGGCCAGAGGCCGGGCUUAGCAUCAUCUUUUACCUGCAUGUUUCUAAGGCUUUCUGUUGCCUCUUGUGGUGUCAGGGUCCAGUCGCCAAGGCCAUGUAUGCUCCACACCCUUUGUAGCAGGAGCCGAGAACAUCCCCGCUUCCAGUCUGGGAAAUGUCUGCUUCCCAAACACCCGGAUACAGAACCGGGGCCAUGGGAGGCAGCUCUGACAGUAAGAGAUGCCGUCACUGUACCUCUGUGAAAGGCAGGCGCCUGCUUGUGUGGUUUUUCCAUCUGUACGUUUACGGGUCUGGGAUGGGCUGCAUCUUAGUUAAAAGCCCUAUGAGAAAUAACAGCAUAAUCCACACCUAACCUACUCCCACUGUUGCCAGAAUUCAAACAGUUGCUUUUUAUGCAACACGUUGGUUGGGACUUUUCCAUGGUGGAUGCCAGCAAAGCCAUUAAUCCUGGAGAAAGUAUGUACCUUCCCCUCCCCACCACUGGAAAACAAGUUGUUUUUUUUUUUUUAGCUAUGGAGAGAAAGUAUGUGCAGCAUUCGGUUUCUAGCCACACGGUUUGGUAUGAUCAGCCUUUGUGCGUAAAGGAGAGCCCCAGACAGCAGAGCUCAACCUGCUCCCACUCCAGAGUUUCCAAGACAGGAAUUCCCAAGUGUCCAGACAGACUCACAGUCUCCUUGCCAUAGAAGAAGCGAGGCCUUUCCUUCCACUGAAAAUGACUGGGAUAUGAGCCAGGCAGGUCUGUUUUUCCAAACCCGAUGUUCUGGUGGGUUUUUUCUGGCCACUGGGGCAUCCCUGACCUCAACUCCAGAGUUACCCAUCUGAGCUGUAGAACUCUUCCUGGCACUUCUUCCAUGUGGCUUGGACCAAGGAUAUUUGGGGUCCAGAAGACAGAGCUGUUGCUGAGCUCUGUGGCUGGUUCUUGGGGAUCCUCCUCCGGGGGCUGCUGGUCUAGGAGGCUAGGGUUCAAGUUCAGAGCACACUCUCCCUGGUAGGUGUCUUCUGUAUGUGUCUUCCACCCAGAAGCUGCCAGCCCUGAGCAGUUGCUGGUGUCUGAAUACAAAGAGAGCCUUGACGACCUAGAGAGGAAGAGAGCUGCCAGCCAGGCGGGGCCAGGCCCCUGGGCCAACACGGGGGCUGCCAAGCAAAGGGCUGAGUGAGGGGAGGCCUGGCGCAGCCCAGGUGCCCGAGAGGCAGACUGAGCACUGUUUCCCUGGGGCCAUGGCAUCUUCCUGGGGCCCAGCCUUGACUUAACAAAUAUCAAGGAGGUAGAACCAGAGGGCUCUCAUGCCUAGAACGAACCGCCUCAGAAACCACCCAAACCAAACACUUCUGGGGCUGUUACACAUCACUUGAGUCUCCGUAAGACAGUUCUGGCAGGCUGGGCUGAACACUGCCAUCUUUGUUCAUUUUCUCUAACGGGCGAAGCAGGAGCAAUGAGCUGAAAAGUUGUAAAUAAUAAAUAUAUUUAUCUGGCUAUUUAUUUUUUCAAUAACUGUGACCUCCUGCACUGUGAAUGCUCUGUGAUAUGAGAUUCUUAGUUUAAAAAAACUGUCAUUAAAUUUGAAUGAAUUGACAUUACUGGUUACUAAACAGUGGCAUGAGUUUAUUUUUAUUGUGAAGAAAAAUCUAGAGUAAAUAUGAACUAAAUCUUUAUAAGAAAUCUAGCAGUCAGUAUUGUAAUGCAAUAUAUGAAAAUCUGUACACUGUCAAUAAAAUAAAUGAACACAAGUUGUCUUUCCCUAUAGAGAGCUUCCAUUCAUGUUUUAAUAGACACACACGUAUUUGUAUUUUUUGAAAGAAUUCUUUACACUGGAAUAACAGCCAUUUAUUGAAACCAUUUCUAUUUGCAUAUUGAGAAAAA